AAUUGGGGCGACCAUAACCACAUUCUAGUAUCGCUUGUCUUCAUCUAUAGUUCUAGUCAGUUCAGUAGCUGAGUCAGAGACAAGUCUUGUCUCUGGCUGAGUGUAAAAAUGAAUAGCAUAGGAGAGGCCUGUACGGACCUAAAAAAGCAAUACGACGACUGCUUUAAUUCCUGGUUCUCCGACCAUUUCCUCAAAGGCAGAACCAACGACUCCAUGUGUGCGCCCAUGUUCAAAGUGUAUCAGGACUGUGUAAAAAAGGCGAUCAAAGCCCACAACCUGGACUUGGACGACGUGAGGAAAGACCUGCUAGGCACCCCGCAGGAGAAAAAGCCGCCUCAUAAGCCUUGACAGUUGGAGCAUUUAGGACAAUAAGAUUCGAAUAUAAGCAGUAAGUCUAGGAUUAAGCUUCUUUUCCUUUACCCGGAGACUUAAAGGCCAUUCUAGUGGUCUUAAUGAGUUAGCCGAGAGCAUUGAAGUUGUUACUUGCUGUCUCAGUGUACAUAUUGAGUUGCUACUAAAACACGUGAGCACUGUGAUAAA